AUGUUCAAUGGGCUUUAUGGGGACUCCGGACAACUGGCAAUUAACACAGCAUCAGGCUGCCAAAACCCUAAUUUGAAUACCCCCAAAAUCACCAAAGCAACAGCUAUGACAGAUCUAAUCGUGCCGAGUAAGCGACCUCGAGUCCCAAGCAUCGCCGAUAAGCAUCAUGAAUACUCGGAGACUCACGCUGCUGCCUCCUCUUCCGGAACGCUCCCGGAGAAUGACAUGAGUCAGGCUCAGAUCAAAAACUUUCUUGAGAUUUGCCGUUUCUGCAAGAAGAAGUUGUGUCACGGCGAAGACAUUUACAUGUACGGGUGA